AUGGAAAAGAAAAAAGCGACGGUACCUCUUGUUUGUCACGGUCACUCUCGUCCAGUUGUUGAUCUCUUUUACAGUCCUGUUACUCCCGAUGGUUUCUUCCUUAUUAGCGCAAGCAAAGAUGCUAGCCCUAUGCUCAGGAAUGGAGAGACUGGAGAUUGGAUUGGAACUUUUGAAGGCCACAAAGGUGCUGUUUGGAGUUGCUGUUUGGAUGCUAAUGCUUUGCGGGCUGCUACUGCUUCUGCUGAUUUCUCAACCAAAGUUUGGGACGCAUUAACUGGAGACGAGUUACAUUCUUUUGAGCAUAAGCACAUUGUUAGAGCAUGUGCUUUUUCUGAGGAUACUCACCUUUUGCUCACUGGGGGAGCCGAGAAAAUUCUCCGAAUUUAUGAUCUAAAUCGACCUGAUGCACCACCCAAAGAAGUCGAUAAAUCCCCUGGUUCAGUCAGGAGUGUUGCAUGGCUUCAUAGUGACCAGACAAUUUUGAGUUCAUGCACUGAUAUGGGAGGUGUCAGGCUAUGGGAUGUAAGAACUGGUAAGAUAGUCCAAACACUUGACACCAAGUCACCUAUGACUAGUGCUGAAGUGAGUCAGGAUGGUCGUUAUAUUACAACAGCCGAUGGUUCUACUGUCAAGUUUUGGGAUGCAAAUCACUAUGGAUUGGUGAAGAGCUAUGAUAUGCCGUGCACUGUGGAAUCAGCUUCAUUGGAGCCCAAGUUUGGGAACAAGUUUGUUGCUGGGGGAGAAGACUUGUGGGUUCAUGUUUUUGAUUUCCAUACUGGCAAUGAGAUUGCAUGUAACAAAGGCCAUCAUGGUCCUGUACACUGUGUCCGUUUCUCUCCUGGAGGAGAAUCAUAUGCAUCAGGAUCUGAGGAUGGAACCAUCAGAAUAUGGCAAACAGGCCCAUUGACUCCUGGUGAAUUAGAGGGUUUAUCACCAAAUGGAUCCUUAGAAAGGGAGAAGGCAAAUGCAGAGGAGGAUGUUUCUCGCAGAAUUGAGGGUUUUCAUAUUACAGAUGAGAAGUCCAAGGGAAAGGAAGAGGCGGGGGAUGAGUUAUGA